CCUUUAAAAGCAAAUUAAACCAGAUUACAUCUCAUUCAGGAGAAAUCACACACACACACACACACACAUUGUUUUGGACUAUGGCUUCCACCACGUCCGGUGACGUUCUGCCCACAGGCUGCAGGAUCUUCACCUCCAUUCCGGACCUCUUCUUCCUCCCUGAGUUUGUGAUUGGAGGGCUGGUGUGGAUCCUGGUGGCGUCGACCCGCGUGUUGCCUGAAAACCCUCUGGGCUGGGUGAUGUUCGUGUCCGUCUUCUGCUUCGUCUUCACCACGCUCUGGUUCUUCAUCUUCAUCUGCGGAGCCAAUCAGAGCAGCGUCUGGCCCUCCCUGGUGAGACACGCCCACCCACCUGCUGAUUGGCCCAGUUGGACAAAUGGUUAA